AUGUCCGAGAGCGCGGACGAGGAGGAGGAAGGAGCGAAAGGCGCGUUCGAAGAAGGGAAAGGUGGCGCGUUUGAUUUUUUCUUCGGAAAUAUCCGAGAGAGUUUAACGACGAUAGGAGGAGGGCAAAACAACAACGCGAAGAUUAUGUCGAGCGCAAAGGGGACGAACGAGAAUAACAACGACGGGAGUUCUCUUCCUCGAGGAUCUUCUGAUGAUGCUUCGAACAACAACAGCAGCAGUAAUAAUAAUACGAACAACAUUAACGCGGAAAAAGCGUUUCGGAGACGCGGGAACGCCGCGACGAUGAUGACGACGUUUGGAGGAGAAGGAUCGAAUUCGUCCAAGUUUGGGUACGAGGAAGAGUUGUUCGGGACCGCGAGCAGCGCGGGUUCGCCGACGAAACAUUUUGGACAUCCUGACGGGAAUACGAAUACGAAUGACAACCAUUACGUGCCUGGUUCUAAUUCGAUGCCGUCCACGCCGAAUGGUGGGGGUUUUGCGAACAACAACAACAACAGAACGAAUUCUGUGAACCAAGCGACGGUGAACUUAAUCAACGGCAUAUUAGGCACCGGAGCGUUGGGUUUACCGUACUGUUUCAAAUUGACCGGGGUGUUUUUGACGACGAUGUUGAUUGUCGUCUCGGCGUGCUCGACGAUGUUUACCACGCAGUGUUUGUUGUUUUCGAGCGCGGUGACGGACGCGUGGAGUUACGAAGAAGUCGCGUUUAGAACGUUAGGGGAUAGAGGGAAAAUAUUAGUGAGAAUUUGCGUGGUGGCGUUGUUGAUGGGGUGUUCGGUGGCGUACGUGAAUAUAGUUUCGGAUAUCUUUUCCGGCGUGGCUGGGACGAUUGUGCCAGCGGGCGCCGAGCCGAGUCGAGGGGAGACCAUGGUUGCGGUGGUAUGUUUUGGGUUUGUGCCGAUAGGGACGAUGAUUAGAUCGGCGAAAGCGUUGAGCAGCACGUCUGCGUUUGGGAUUUUUAUCGCGUGGAUGUUUACUUUGUCCGUCGCGGUGGUGUAUUUUUUUAAGAGUUCAGUGUAUCCGGAUUUGUACGCCGAACACGAGUUGGCUGGGAAUAACGCGGUGCAGACGUGGAAUAGUGAGAAGAUUAUGAUUGUGUUACCGGUGUUGUCGUUUGGUUUCGCGGCGUCGCCGAUUAUGUAUCCAGUGGUUCAAACGUUGAAAGAUCCGACGAAUAACAGAGUGUUAUCGGUGGCGAAUAAGAGCAUAUGGAUUUCCGGGAUCGCGUAUUUUAUCAUCGGUUUGAUGGGGUACUUGACGUUUCAAGAUAGCGCGAGCGGGGACGUGUUGCGAAACUUUGGAGCGGAGAAAGGUUCGUGGGGGGUGUUGAUGCGAACGAUGAAGUUGUUGUAUUGCGUGUCGAUGGCGACGUGCGUUCCGGUUGUAUUUAUCACGUUGAGAGAGACGUUAACGCCGGUCGUGCUGCGAGUGUGCCAGUCGCCGGAUUCUCAGAAAGAAAUGUCCAGAGGGCAAGAUAUAGGUUUAAAUGCCGUUUUGUUUGGUUCCUCGUUGGCGAUGGCGUUUUAUAUUCCCAACGUGGAGUUUGUGUUUGGUUUAGUCGGUGCGACGUCAUGUUCGACGCUGAUUUUCACCGCGCCGAGUUUGAUUUUCUUAUCCGCCACGAGCGAUAGUUCAGGAAGUUACGCCAAAGCCUCAAGCAAAGUCAGCUCGUUCGGUUGGAUCACUACGCUCGGGUUGACAACAUCUAGACAAAUAGCGAGACUCUUUUGCGCGUUUGGCGUGUAUUUGUUGGUGAAAUCGACCGAACACACCAUUCGCGCCGUCCACGAAGAGCAAACGUUGGUUGAUUUAGUGUCCUCGUUGCACGCGGCGGAAGCGAAGGCUUCCGAAGCCGCGGUGAUGUACGAGAAAGUAUACGAAGCGGCAGAUAAGUUUCAACGAGUUGAAAAAGCCGAGAGUGAGUUGUCGAUUGCGCAGACAGAAUCGGAAAAAACGAUGCAAAUAGUGAAAGACGCCGUCGCGUCGUUGGAAAAGCUGAGCUCAAAAAGUGACGGAGGUAGUAGCAGUUCGGAUUUUAAGAACAUGUUUUUUGGAGAUUCAGACGACGACGCGCACGGGGAAGUCUUGAAGAAAUCCAUCGAAGAAGUUUCGGAAAUGUCGAAAUCAUUUGGAAACGUUACCAUCGGUUCGUUGAUUGUAGCCGAGGCGACGUUGGAGGAACUUUCCGAUGAAAUCAGCGACGAGAAGAACGAAAUAGAAAAAGAAAAGAACAAGGAACAAGAACGACGCGACAAAGACGCGGCGUUGAUUGCAGAAGCGACUGGAACAGUGGUUGAUUUCGAUUCAAUUAAGGAGUCGUCUUCGAAAAAUAGCGAGAGCGGCAAAGACGGUGAAAACGAAACGAAACAGGUAGAAAAAGAAGAGAAGGAGGUUGAAAAACUCGUCGCCGACGAAUCUGAAACCGUCAAACGCGUGUUUGAAACGCAAUCUGCGUUGUCGGUAUUACACGAUGUCGCCACGGAAGUUAUCGGCGCCAUGGACGUCUCGCAUGCCGGGGUUUCCUCGGCAUCCGCGCGAGCGCAGAGUCGACUUCACGAGGUUCAAAACGUUUUAAACACUACGCAGAUGACCGCGGAAGUUAUCAGCAAAACGUUAGCAGAUUUGAAAGAAGCGAAGGAGACGCAGUCGGAGAACGUUUUGAAAGCAGUUAUGAAAGCGAUUGAAAACUCUGGACGUAACGACGAGGAAGGUAAAGAUUUGAUGGAAGCGUUGGCGCAAGUUGAAAACGAAGCGCGCGAGUUGGCCGAGAGAAGGAAAGAGGAAGAGGACGAAGACAAAGGAUCGGUUCCGAGAGAGGAGACGAAACAAAAGAAGGACACAGAUAGUUCUGAUUCGGCUGGAGAUGGAAUCAGCGACGAAACCGUCGCGAAGCUCUUAGACGCGACGAAAACCGCCGCCGAGAAAAUGGUCGUCACGGAAGUCGAAGACAUCAUGAAGAAAACGAGUAAAGUGAAACCAGAAGUCGUCGAUCGAGCGGCGGAAAUCGCGAGACAACUUCGUCCAAAAGCAGUCGAAGAAUCUUCAGAAAAACCGUCCAUCAACUCUUUAUUUGAUAUUUCAAACCAGAAGGACAAAACUACUUCGGGUGGCGACGCCAGUCAAGGCGGCGGUGGAGGAGAAGCCGGUAACGAAGGCGCGAGUUUGGACGCGGGAAACGCCACCACCGCCGCAAACGCGAGAGCAUUACCCGACCUCACCUACGAAGAGCGCAAGAAAGAGUGGAAAAUUAAACCUCUGCUCGACAGUGAAUUCUUCGAACGCGCCGGGAAAUCUAAAGCAAACAACAACAAUAACAAAGAAGAAGCCGAAGAGUUAGCCGCCGCGGUCGAAGCGAGCGAGGAAGCGAAAGACGAUUCAGACGACGACGGCGAUUUGAACUGGGACAGCUCGUUUUCCAAACGCGUCAGGGGUAGCAGUAGUAGUGGCAGUAGCAGUAGCAAUGAAGGAGACGCGUUGUUCGAAAAGAAUUUUUAG